GCGGAGUCAGCGGAAAGGCCGGGAGUGGGCGGGGCCUCUCCCCUUGGUGCGGCGGCGAGUGGGCGGGGCCGCCUGGCCUGAUCAGCUGAGCGUCAGAGAGCUGGAGCCCGGAACCCGGCUCGCCGGUGGGGACGCGCUGCUGAGCGGGGCUGAGAGGUGGUGUUAUUAGUGAACCUUCUGCUUAUGAGCUUAGUGGCAUUAUAAUCAGCCAUGGAGUACAAUGGAGGAACCACUGCAGAUCCUAACCAGUUAGCACAACGCAUAACAUCUAAUAUCCAGAAAAUCACACAAUGCACUGCAGAAAUACAAAGAGUACUAAGUCAACUUGGAACACCACAAGACACGCAUGAAUUGCGGCAACAGCUGCAGCAAAAACAGCAGUAUACAAACCAACUUGCCAAAGAGACAGACAAAUACAUUAAGGAAUUUGGAUCUCUGCCUUCAAUAAAUUUACAGCGUCAAAGAAAAAUACAGAAGGAUCGCCUUGUGAAUGAGUUCACUACAGCCCUUACAAACUUUCAGCGGGUCCAAAGACAAGCUGCUGAGAAAGAGAGAGAUUUUGUAGCAAGAGUGCGAGCCAGCUCUAGAGUUUCUGGCGGAACCACAGAUGAAAGCUUCAGAGAAGGAACACUUGUCUCCUGGGACAGCCAACCUCAGACUCAAGUGCUCGAUGAAGAAAUCACAGAAGAUGACCUUCGUCUUAUUGAGGAGAGAGAGUCUGCCAUCAGGCAACUUGAGGCAGACAUUCUGGACAUCAAUGAAAUAUUUAAAGAUCUAGGGAUGAUGAUUCAUGAACAAGGAGAUGUGAUAGAUAGCAUAGAAGCCAAUGUAGAAACAGCUGAAGUCCAUGUUCAGCAAGCAAAUCAGCAGUUGUCUAGAGCUGCAGACUACCAGCGCAAGUCUCGUAAGAAAAUAUGUAUACUCAUUGUCGUGCUGGUUCUGGGAGUAACAGUCCUUGGCCUAGUCAUCUGGGGUGCAACAAAAGAGUGAUGUGCUAGACUGUGCAGAAACAUUUCCAAUCAUGUCUCAUUAUGAAAUCUGUUCAGUAAAUUAUGUGUCAAUCUUUGUCACUUCUGCUUUGUCACAAAAUGCAUUUUUAAUCCAAGAGAGUUCUUUACUCAGCUUGUGCAUUAAAAUUAAUUUGCUGUAACUUGGCAGAACUUAAUCUAGGAGUGGGCAGCUUUUUCUUUUGUGGUGCCUGCUUCUCAUCUUUCUUUUUUCUUCUUAAAAAAAAUCAAGUCAAGUUACUUUGACUCUCGGGCACAAGACUGAUGUGUGGAGUGGUGCAAUAAUUUCCUGUUGGUUGACUGGGCCAAGUUUUUGCACACAUGUGCAGAGUCUUGGAAGGUCAUUUAGCUGCAUCCCUUGAAGGCCUCAUAAGAGGGGCUUAUGAGUGAGCUUCAGACUUCCUAAAUCCAAAUUUAACUUGUCAGUCUGCAGCAAUCAUGAAUCACUUUCAGAGAUUAUUACUCUCUCAAAAUCUUUGGUCCACAUUAAUUUUUACAUUGAUUCUCACUUUUGAUAUUGCGUAUGUACUGUCUAAGUGCUUUGUUUCAUAAACAUGUGGAAGCAUCUGUUUAGUCUGCUCACUCCAUUCAUAGGCCAAAUCUAAUAGUUGGGUGACUGGAGGUUGAAGGCUUAUUCUGUCAUAAUCUUUCCAAAACAUUUGGAGGAAUUCUUCAAUUUCUUUUUUGCAUACGACUCCCUUCCCCUUGCAAAUAUUUUGAUAUAUAAACAUAAUGCUAGGUAUCCACAAACAUGGCAAAUCCUUAUCUAAAAAGAAAGGGUUUGAUCAGUUGUAGACUAUAUGUGUUUAUGUGGCCGUUUUUAGAAUAACACUUUGGAAUACACAUCAAAUUAACCAAAAUGUGCGCCUUUGUUUAUGCACUUUCCAGGUACUUAUAUUAAUGCUGAUAUAGUUGCUUAACUACAAACCUGGCUGUGCAGACUUCUGUGAUCUCAACUUCCCAUGAUAUACAUGUACCUUCCUGAGGGGGCUGUUCCUAGAUCUGUUGUAAGGUGGGGCAUAAUGGGAGAGUAGGGAGAUCCAUUGUUAGGUUGGGGCAUUGAUCCAAAUACUUAUGAGUUUGUUUAUAUGUCCCUAUCCAAAGCUUCUCAGGCUGGGGAAGCAUUAAGCCUGGGAUAUAUGGCACAAGGGGAAUAAUUUGCUUGCCUCAUUCCGUGGCUACAAUCUACAGAGAGAAGGGCACCUGUAAAUUUGUGAUUAAAAGUGUGUGAUGAAAUCAGAUGAUCUGAUUGUAGAAUUCCUAUUGUCUUAUCACAUUUGGUUCACAGAUUUUUGCAUAUGGUGGUGAUCAAUAAAGACUCUGAAUUUCAUUAUCUUGAGCUCUGGACAAGAUGAACAGCAAGAGCUUUAAUUGGUUUUUAAUAAAAGAGCAAGCCCUCUUUUCCUCAGUUUGUAAAUACUUUAAGGUUCUGAAAAGCCUUUUUUUUAAAGUUCUGAGUUCCAGAUAAUUAAAUGCAGUUAAUUUAUCUCAAAUUUUAAUUUUUUUCAAAAAGAAUAAGUUUUUGGUGCCAUUUUUUGAUAACACUCAGCUGAAAAAUUAAUUUGUCACUUGCCUGCUAAUCAAUUUUGUUUUUUUGAAAAAAAUAAGGUUCAUUAUUGGAUUUUUUAAAACGUUCUGUAUAGAUGUUAUCACAGUCUUAUACCUUUUUGUAUAGUGAUUUCAGAGAAGAGCAGCGUUUACAUGAUGAACACCUGAGACUUGUGAUGGGGAAGAACUAAAAGUAUUUACGAGGCUAAAUUUGGAUCAAAGCAUCUGAAAUAAAGGUUGUUUUGAAAGUGA